AUGCCUCCGCAAGCUCCUGGAAAUGAGAGUUUCCAGACCGGCGAGGCAACCAGGGCGGCGGAGGGUUGCAUGACAGAAGUUGAACCGUCGGCUAAAUCGGCAGAGACGAUCCCACUCUCGGGUAGCGAUCCGGUGGAGGACGCCCAAGAAGGGUGGGCUGCGAUUCGUCCACCCGCUCUUUGGUUGGAUUUGCCGGAGGAAUCAGAUUCAUGGGCAGACGCGAUGCGGAACAACUGGCCACUUGACAGCGGAGACGAACUUCUGUCUGACGAAAACGAAUCGGACGUAGCCGAACGGAGAAGGUGGCAACAAUGGGCGAAGCAUGCAGCCGAGCACGAGAGACAGCGGCGGAUGAAGAUUCUUGAAGGCAUGGAUCGGGAGGAGCACAGAGAACGUUUGGCCAGGCGAGCAUGGGCGUUGUCGGCCAUGGACGAGGAGCAGCGACGGAGAGGAAGUCAAGAGUUUUUGCUCUCAAUCCAGGGGACUAAUUGGUUUCAAGGGACCAUCUCCACCUUGGAUCUAGACUACGAAAUCUGCUGCCCCUACUCUUCGCUUGGAUGCCGACACAUUUGCCUCCGAACUGAGCUGGACAAGCACCUGGCAAAAGAUUGCCAGUUCAAUAAAGAACCCGAAAGCUCCGAUUCGAUUGCAUUGGUGGAUGCUGGCGAGUACGAGGUCGUUUGUCCCAACACGGUUCUCGGGUGUACCCACAGCUGCCCCAGGAGCUCCCUCGCCGAGCACCUAGAACACUGCUACUUCACAGGCCCUGACGUUACCGAAGAAAAGGCGGAGCGAGCGAAGACGAAGGAGAUGGUGUUGGAGCAAGCUGAGGAAGAGAGGGAGAGAAGGGUUAAUCAGGGAGACUGGCAGAGCAAUAGCUUACUCCACCGGCUGUUGGAGGAUCAGAAAAGCCGUUCAAUGGUUAUACUCCAUGAGGAAAUUCUGGACUUCGCGGCAAGGUGCCGAGAUGUCCAAGAGAAGCGGAAGAGAGUGCUGGAGAAUCUGUGGCGUCGCAUCGAAGACGUCAUCUGUUUGUUGUGGCCGGAUACUGUCGUUGUCCCAUACGGGAGUUACGCUUGUGGCAUGAUGACACCGGAGAGCGAUGUGGACAUUAUGGUGUUUCCUGGAGAUUGCAAGAACUCGAGUCCGCCAUUUGAGGCGAAGGACGACCAGCCACGCCGGCGAGGGAGUCGCACCGACAGCGUUGGUGGCAUGCUAACCAGAAUUCACGAGCUCGCGGAUCAUUUGACACAGCACGGAACGUUCAGUUCUAUGAAGGUGAUACCUCACGCCAUGGUACCCAUCAUAAAAGCGCGCACAGGUGCCUUAAGCGACGGGGACGACGGCUCUGGCGAUACUGUCAGCUUCAGCAUUGACAUCUCCAUCGACUGUCAAUCCCACACUGGAUUGGCAACGAGUGCGUUUACGUCAUACCUUGCCGACCACCUCCCGAACCUGUGUCCCUUGACAAUGGUGCUCAAACAACUCCUGCAGUCCCGUGGCCUAAACGACCCGUUUACGGGAGGUUUAUCGAGCUACGGUUUGGUGCUGAUGGUUACGUUUGCCCUUCUCCAGAGAGACCACUUUCCUCCCUCCCCGGGGUCCAACUUCCUCCAACGGUCUAGUUCGGGUUCUGCUCCCGCUGAAGAUCAGGCUGACGGUGCACAACCAGAAGCUUCGCGUCCAAGGACCUUGCCUUCCCGAUGCCAACCGGCGGACGUUAAAGACGUUCCAGUCCCGCCAUCACCAGGACAUGCAAGCAGCUUUCCGCCGUCGCCCAAAGCAAAGCCGCGAGAAGCUCCAGUAAAGAAGAUAAGGAAGAGAGCAGCACCCUCUGUUAGUAGACAACGGUUCUGGCAGCCAUCUUCCUUCGUGGAAAGCCGCUGGGGAAGAACUCUUAGUAUGGCAAGCGGUGCACGAGCCGCUAAUGCCUUGAACGAACAGGAGAAGACCCAAGCGUCCGGAGGGGGGAGAAUAUCUUCAUGGGACAGGCCGCGGCAGCAGUAUUGGCUGGGAUCGCGGACGGCAAGAGCAACGCUGAUGCAAGAUUUUUAUGCGGGCGCCCCUGCGCCUGCCCCUCCGGCAUCGAAAUUGGAGCAGGUUCGCGACAGCAGCAUCAUCCAGUCAUCAGUUCCGCCACCACCUCCCCUGCCGGAGCCUGUGGUAGAGACAGCUUCACACCCCAUGAUGGCCCCGAUGUCACCGUACAUUAUGAGUGGCGAAGAGCCAGUGCUCGGCGAGCUCUUACUGGAUUUUCUUCAUCUUUUCGGAGAAGAUUUUGACAUGGGCCGAGAAGGGUUCAGCGUCAGAGGGGGUGGGUUUCGUUUCUGCGUACACGAUCAUCCUCCGCACCCGCAAGCAUCCGACCCAAUCGUAAUUGAGGACCCCCUGAACUGCAUGAACAACGUCGGCAGGAGUUCGUUUGGAAUAGGUCAGGUGCAGCGAAUUUUCUUUGAAGCUCGGACAACUCUCAAGGCGACCACCGUGCGCGUCAACCAGGAUGGGAGAGAGGUUCUAGGGUCCGACACACACAAUACCGGAAUCCUGCGCCAUAUUUGCGCUGCAAUGGCUGCUACCGCCGACGAUUGCCAACAUGAUGCGCCUGUUGCGGCAUAAUCGUGUCUCGUGUUACUGAUACCCCUUGUAAGUAAAAAAUUGUAAAACUAGGAGGAGUUUCUAACUCUCUCGGGGGAGGGGGGAUUCCUGGCUCUUCCAGAAGAAUACGAAGCACGAUUUUCUUCCUUUGGAAGGAGUUUUGAAGGUGUCCACGCACUCAACAGGGAGAUAACAUGACUCU